CUUAUACCCUCUUCGUCUACACGCUUCGGUCUAGGGCCCAGAUAGUCAAUCUACAGUUCUAAUCUAACUUCUUAUCGCUAUACUCUUGCAGAGGAAGAAAAUCAGCUCAGCAUGCCGUCUCGCGAAGCCACUCAUGCUGGUUCUUGGUAUUCCGAUAGCCAACAUACCCUGACGCGUCAGUUGGACCAGUGGUUGGCUCAGGUCCCAGACGAGAUACCGGGUAUCGGAUCACUGCCUGUGCCUGGUGCUCGUAUCAUUAUCGCUCCACAUGCGGGCUAUGCAUACUCCGGGCCAUGUGCGGCCCAUGCCUAUAAAGCCCUGGACUUGUCAAAGGCAAAACGGAUCUUUGUGCUAGGACCCUCUCACCAUCAUUAUCUGACGACACUUGCUCUCCCCGAGCUCACAUCAUACUAUACCCCGCUGUCCGAUGACCCUCUACCGCUCGAUACCGAGCUUAUCGCGAAGCUCCUAUCAACCAAAGCCGUCAAGCGCAAUGGAACGAACAUCUCGUUUACAACGAUGAAUGAGUCCGUCGAUGAAGCGGAGCACAGUAUCGAGCUCCAUCUGCCCUACAUCCACCGUCUUCUUCAACUCCAGCAUCCCAACGAGCCGACAUCCCAGUAUCCACCGCUAGUCCCCAUUAUGGUGGGAAGCACUACGGCUGCGACCGAGGAAGCCUUUGGGACCCUGCUUGCCCCCUAUCUGCAAGAUCCCGAGAACGCUUUUGUCAUCAGUUCGGAUUUCUGCCACUGGGGGUUGCGGUUCCGGUACACCUACUACGUUCCCCAUGCGCCCAAACCAGGACCGAGUCUCCCACUCUCGGCCGACUCGCUUCCCCAGCCUGGAAACAACAACCACAGAGACGUAGAGGCAACCGUGGAGUCGGUAUCCACCGGCCACUCGCUUCAGCGACGGGACCGUGUCCAGCGCCACGAGCCCGCCAUCCACGAAAGCAUCUCUGCGUUCGACAUUGCAACCAUGGCGGCCAUCACCACGGGACGUGCGGCAAGCUUCCUGGACGCAGUCGAGCGGACGGGAAACACCGUGUGCGGCCGUCACCCCAUCGGGGUCAUCAUGGCUGCCCUCGAAGCAAGCACCAGCCAAGAUGAGGGCAAGAAGGGCAAAUUCCACUUCGUCCGAUACGAGCGAAGUGCCGAUAUCACGGAUGUGAACGACAGCUCGGUGAGCUAUGUCUCGGCUUUCGCGGUGCUGUAGACUCCACUUCUCUCGUGUGUCGUCAAUUGAUAUCAUCGUCAUGAACAACCUAGAGUAGUCAACGUGGUCCAAUUUGCUGUCAAGUGCUCAUCAACUAAUAUUGAUCUAUGCAUCAUUUCUAUACCUAUACAUU